GACCUAUGGCAGAAUGCAAGGAGCGUAGAACAACAUGAUGCACUAAACUCAUUCAUGAAAUAUGGGACUUAAAGUUUAAUUUGUGAGUUUUUUGUUUUCUCUGCAGCGGCGCCACAUGAGGUAAUGUAUCUGUAUAAUGUUAAUUCCAGUGGCAACAUUAGCUUCGGGCCACACUGGUUUUGUUUUUAAACUUCGACCUAGCAUAGUCUUGCUAGCGGUUUGUCCUCGCACAAAUUCUGGAAAAGCCAUGAGGACAGAGGAGCAACUUCACGUUGAAGGAUAGAGGGGCGGCUCAUGAGUCUCCUUCAAUGGGGCGGUGUGUUUUGAAGUGUUUCUGUAGUCCAACGUCAGGGGGGCAGCGGUCCGACCGGCGGGGAGGGACACGGCGGAGGGACUGCUCCCGGCUGCGGUGCUGAAAACUGAACACAAACCGGACUACUUUGUAUUGAUAAGAGGGGACUUGCAGAGAUUAUGGUUUGGAAAGGCCUGCUGCUCGCUCGCCGCAAACAAAGGAAAUAACUUUCAUGUCAGUGCUGUGGCCGCAGUGAGUGGAAACAAACAGUGAACAGUGAACGCCAGAGUCUCUAACUUGAAGUUUGACUAAUUAGCUCUGACUUUAUGGCCACUCGAGGGUAGCGCUGCCCACACGCGCCAGAGCAACUUCACACGCACGCGCCCUCUUUGUUGUGAAGUUGUGUCUCCGUUGAAAGUGUGACUUUUUUAAUUCCAGUUAUUGUCUGUUUGAGUGGAUGUAUGAGGAUGGUGGAGAGCCGGAGUUGUGUCCAGAGGGAGGGGGUCUACCGCUGGUUCAGCUCCCUCACCUCAGCCCAGAGAGCCGAGUUCCUGUGCGGCCUCCUGGACCUCUGCGUCCCCAUUGAGCUCCGCUUCCUCGGCUCCUGUCUGGAGGACUUGGCCCGCAAGGACUACCACUCCCUUCGUGAUGCAGAGAUCAAAGCCAACAACCCCGCUGACCUCUCGGGCCUCACCAACAUCACGGACGAGGUGGUGCGGAGCAAGCUGCUGGUGUCCCUUGCCUUGCUCGGCUCUGACAACAGGGAGGCAGCGGGGGUCCUGUACCGGACCCUGACUCACAUAGACUCGGUGAUCAAUAACUACGGGUUGGCACUGAACGACGGGAGGACUGAGGAGCAGUUUCUGUUACUGUUCACCAUGGCAUCUCACCAUCCUGCCUUCAGCUUCCACCAGAAGCAGGUGCUGAGGCAGCAGCUCGGCCAGAUCCAGGACAUCCUGCAGGUGAGCAGUGGAGGAGGAGGAGAGGCUCAAGAAGCCGUUGGGGAUCGAGCUGCUGUGUGUCACCCUCAGCCACAUCACCACCACCUCCGUCCGACUGUGUCCCUGCCUCCGGCCUCCCUGCCCCCCACUGCCUCCUCCCCUUCCGAUGCCAGCGCUGCCUACCUGCCUCUGUCUGCCUGUCCACCCUGCCACACACACUGCAGCUGCUGGCACAAGAGCCAGACCAGAGAAGCCAGAACAGUCUCAGGGGUCACCAUGGGACGACGAGAGCCCCCUGUCAGCCAGGAGCCUACCCAUCCUCGCCCAGACCUCCCUCCUCCUCCUCCCCUUCCUCCUCAACCUCCUCCUCCUCCUCCUCCUCCUCCACCACCACCACUUCCUCCCAAUCUGCCUCCUCGACCUGCUGGACAGGGCAAGGAUGCAGCAGCUCCAACCAAUAACCACUGGGGGCAAGAACGAAAAGCGGUGGUAGAAAAGGUGGUGCUGAGAAGAGUGAUACACACGUCUGAGGACAAAAGUGAAUACGUGUAUGAGGCCAGCUGGUCCGAUGAUUUUGUGUCAUCAGUUAUCAGAACACCGCAGGAGGUGACAGAGCUGCUGACCCAGCUAUCAAAAGCAUUUCCUGAUGACGGAGUAGAGAACUUCCUUCCUAAGCCCAAAGAGCUGGACCCCAGUCCUGUCUGUCUGCCUGCACCCAGGUGUCUGACAGCGCUGCCCUGCCAUGUCCUCCAGCACCACAGCGUCCAGCAGUUCUUCACCUCCACCAGGCCUCUCUCACCCAACGGUCCUGCCCCACUUACUCCCGCCCUCCCCCUGUUACCUUCCUGCCUUCCUAUGGCUCCCAUUGCCCCCACCUGCCCGUUCACCUCCAGCUCUAAUCUGGACUGCAUGGUUCAGUACAGAGGAGCCAACAGGGCGGUGUACAGAGUGGCCAGCGUCCAGCCCGUCGUCAGCACCCACAGCUCCGUGUUGACUCGCCCCUCUCCUCACCUCUCUUCCCUCCCUUCUCCUCUUCCUCCUGCCAUUCCACCCCCUCAGCUGUCCUCCCUCCCUCCCCCUGUGCCAGCCCAGCCAUCCCUGCCCUCCCAGUGCUCCAUGAGCGGUGGAGGCGAUCCCUCCUCACCACCACAACCCCAACACAGUCUGUCACACCCGUACUCUCCACUCCACCUCCACCCACAAAGCAGCAGUCAGUCCAGCGCUCAUUCCCUUCACCCGUCCCACUCACAUUCCCUCCCAUACCCCCAGUCCCACUCCCUGUCUCGCUCCCAGUCCCACAUACAGGUGCCAUCUCAGUCCCUGCCCAGCACCGCAGAGCAGAAUGGCAUACUGGACUGGCUCCGAAGGCUCCGGCUCCAUAAAUAUUACCCAGUGUUCAAACAGCUCACCAUGGAGGAGUUUCUAGCGCUGACGGAGGACGACCUGAACAAGUACGACCUCACCCAAGGAGCAAAGAAGAAACUCAAGACCCAACUGGAGCUACAAAAAACUCAACUGGAGAUACAAAAGGAAAUGAAGCGGCCUUGCAGCGGCAUCGCCAGGGUGAUGCCUUCCAGUCACAUGGGACCUUUGACACAUCCCAUCUCCACUGCAGGGGAGCUGCGGGUGGAGGUGGACGCUGUGACGCACCAUCACCCCGUCUCGACAGACAGCAGCUCUUCCUCAGGCUACUCCAGCUCUUCCUGCUCCCCCCGAACACCGCUCUGCUGUGACUCCUCCUUCGACAGGACCAGAGACAUACACAGGCGGGUGUCGGGUCCAGAUGCAGCAGGUGGGGGUCCAGAGAAGGAGCGCUCCUGUCUCUUCAUCCUGAGCUCCAGCGGACCCCCAGGCUCCAGUCGCCCCACAGCCCAGGUCUCACCCGUCCAGACCGACCCUGCUCCUCUCCAUCCGCCCUCCUGCUCCUCCCACCCCACCCUCGGCCCCCUGCAGUCUCCUUACCACCCGCAGGCCAGUUUCCACCCGCCCCUGCUCUCCUCUGUCUCAAACCCGGCUCGCAUCCUGAGCUCCCCUCGUAAGCCCCGCCCCCCUCCGCUGUGUUCCGAUGACAGGACUAAACCUCUGGGGCUGCCUGGGUCCGCUGCAGGCUUAGGUGGGGGGGUCAGUGUGGGGAGGGGGAUAAGGCUAGAGAGUUUGUUCCCCGGGCUGAACAUGGACGGCUCCUCCACCCUCCAGAACUCGCUGUGCCGGGGCCUGGGGGGGGAUUCCCUGGGUCUGAUGGUAGAAACCAGCGCUGCUCUGACCUCCACCUCCAACACCCUCCACCACGUGUCCCACCCCCCUCUGCACUUCCAUCUCUCCUCCUCUACACCCCCCUCUCCAUCUGGAUACUACUCCCACCCCCCUACUUCCUUCUCCUCGUCCUGUUCCUCAGCGAAACCUGGCAGCUCUAGUAGCGGCGGUGGCAUUGUUCCCAUGGCAACCGCAAGCAGUGUGCCAGUAGCUGCAGUGCCCGGCAACACCUACUUUCCAUCCCAGUCUACCUGUAGCCCCUCCCCUUCCCCCUCCUCUGCAUCUUCAUUGGAUCAAAACUCAGGCCACACCCCCUCCAUGUGCGUUUGCAGCUCCUGUGGUUGUCGGGGGAACUGUGGCGCCUACGGGGCUUUGCCAGGAUACGCGGCUGCUGGCUACCUGCAGCCGUUCUCCGCGGGCCCCUCGCUGUUCACUCUGGGGCCCCUGCUUCACCUCAGCCCCCUCAUAGCCUCGCCCAGCUCCUCCGUCAGCGGCGGCUCGGCCUUCUCUUACCCAAUGAUGGUGCCCCCUCCACUCUACCGCCACAGCCCCCUGUCACAGGACCAGCAGCAGGGGUUUGGCUUCUACCAUUCCCAUGGCAUUGUGGGAAGCCAGAAACGGGCAGCAGCGAACGUGUCAUGUUAUAACUGCGGCGCCAACGGACACAGAGCGGAAGAAUGCAAGCAGCCGGCCAUGGACGCAGCGCAGCAGGGCUCAUUUCGACUGAAGUACACUCCUCACUCUGACAGCAAGGACUCGGGGGACUAAGCAGCCGAAACACCGGUGGAUUUGAACUCAUUCUCCUGAAAACCUUACCUCGUGUUCCUGCUGAAUCCAGGAGACAUUCUAACAGGCAGCCUGCCUCUGGGAAAAAACGAGGCAGCACCGCUCUCUUUUGUUAUCCUUUUACAGCAGCGUACAGAGAGGUAAAAGGAAGAACGGAAGAGAAAAAGAUAGACGUGAAGAGAACAGAAAUGUUUUAUGUCAUGCUUUUAUCUGUCCUCCACAAGAAAAUGCUGGAGAUUUUCAGAACCUCUGCCUUGCCUUAAAUCAGAGAUAUACCUGGAACGUAUGCAUCCGAAAUCUCCAAAUCAGCUUUCCAGUUAAAUGACUCAGCAUUUGUAGUCUUUAAGACACAGCACUCCAGUAUCCAAAUAACUCCCUGAGUCAGGUGCAUCUUUACUUUUCUCAAAUCAAGCUCUUAUUGUGACGGAUUGGAUGCCAGCACCAGGGUGACCGUCCCUUUGGCUGAAUCUGCUGAUAUAAAAAUGUUCAUAUUUUUACAAAGCCUUGAUACUCUCGGAAAACGGUUCUUUUGUACAGUAUGUCUCGUGAUCAGGUUAAGCGCCAGUUGCCUGUAGAAGGCACCGGGCUGUGUACACUACAGAUGUACUCAUGUUUAUGUAAUACUGUUUUGCAGCUCAAAUCAACACAUUUUUGCAUUACGUGCGCAAAGCAAAGGCAAAUCAAAAUCCAACUUUGGAACACAACCGCAUACUCAUUGUUUUCUGUUGUUGUUUUUGUUCCUUUUAAGUAAUGCAUUAUGUUUGUUGGAAGCAUUUCGAACUACUUUAACUGUCAAGAGGCUUUUAGCUGUAUCAACUUCUUGCCCAUCCUUGUUGGACAGAACCAAAAAAGAGAAGGGGUUCCAAGAGAAAAAUAAGAGUCACUUUAAAGGUACCCUGUGGCACCUUUUACUACUUGUUGCACUACGGAGUAAUGUCGUGAUGAGGAUGUUGGUGGUAUACAUGGACGCAUGGAAGAAGUACGUAUUGGGUCAAGAAAUAUGGACAUGGAGGACAGUUUACACUAGAAGCCCUUUCCUGCAGCUGAGGGAUCACAGGUCGGUUGUUCCAGCCGCCAUGUCUAUGAAAGGUUCCUCCAGUGCCUGGGGCUGACUCCGCCUGUGAGGGAUUAGCAGCUUCUCUGCCUCACAGCAAACUCUUCUCCCGCACUCAUCCUUUACACAAUCACAUUACACACUGAGUAUUUUCAGCAGAGAAUUCAACUGCUGGACAUUUCAGAAAGUGACAAUUUGUUUUCCUUUCAGUUUGGAUUGAUGGAUGGAUGUUGUAAGGGAAUGAAUGUUGAUCGUCCCAGAUCCUAAUCCUAAUCUUGUUCUCACUCCACGGGAGGUGGAGCAGACUCUUUAUAUGCAAAAGUCAAUCCAGGACGGCUCAGUCGGAAAGUGUUUCACAGUGUGUUCAGGUCUCUGACUGUGGUGAGUGUCUGGGCAGGACCCAGAGUUAAAGACACGAGGACGGCUGGUCCUUGAGAUGAAGCUCUAUCUGUGUCCCUGGAGGACGCAGAACAGGGCUGUUUAUUUAAGAUAUUGAAUACUGAACGUUCAGUAUGUAAAAGAACUUCUGUCUGUUGUUAAAAAACCGAAAUGUGCUUUUGUAAUGUAACAUAAAUUUUGCUUUUUCGUAAAAGUAAGGGGCUUAGAAUCAACAAGUUCUCUAUUUUCCAGUAGCUGCGCAGUCAAUGAAUAUACCAAAGAGUGCCUUCUUUCAGGUUUUUAUGUAUUUCUUGCUGUCCUUAGGCAUUCAUUUGAUCAGUUUCCUUAAAGAAUCACAACAGUGCCCGGUUAACUGACACAUGCAUGUUCAACUUUAGCGAAAAUGUCCUUUUGAAAUAUAUUGUGUGCAAAUGUUUGAACAGGGUUCCUUUUUGUAGGUCAGUUUUUGUAUUACUUUUGUUUGUUUUAUCAAAACCUCUAAGGGAUUUUUUGAGUAAUAAAAUAUUUUCUGAUUCUGUCUUU